CGGAAUAGGUCUGCCACCUUUUCUCCUUUCUUCUAAAUUCAGCACUAACCUUGAUCUUGAAUGAGAUUUGACACCCACAUCGAGAAUCUGACAGCGCGUUGAUUUGCGGCGCCACACAUCUCCUCGCUACUUCCCUCCCCUACCAUUCUGCUUAAGAACAUUGGAAAGCAAUCCGAUGCCGACUGAUUCCGAGCGAACACUUUCGAUAGGCCCUGGCGCCUCGCACCCUUCGCGAGGUGUUUCCACAGCAUCCGGCCUCUCGAGCAGCCCGGCGGGACAGCACGGAGAUGGCGGCUUAGGGGAUGCCUCACAGCUGACGACCCUGCGCUUUGCGAGAGCUCUUUAUGACUUCGCUGCAAAUGAGCGCGACGAAUUGAUGCUCGAGGAAGAGGACAUCGUGCAGGUGCUCAAGAUCGACGAAAAGGGAGGCUGGAUGUUUGGCCUCAAGAACGGGGUGUGGGGCUGGUUUCCGACGAAUUUCGUCCAGAUGCUCACAGACAGUGAGGCGGUCCUAGAAGGCUUGCUUGAAGCCGCACAAAUUGGGAAACCCAUAAGCUUUGCGCCCGGGACUCCCACGACCCCAUCGCCACAUAUGAAUGCCGCCCUCCACGACUCAAAGCAGGGCUCGGAGUACGGUUUCUUUCCGCCUUCGACGUCGUCCCAGCACAUCUCGCUGUCUUUGUCGCAGUCGCCCUCAACAAACUCGUUGGGAGAUGACAGUAGUGGCGGGCGCCAGGUGCCUGGCACACGCAACUGGGCAGCUAAAUAUAAGGCGAUGCCAAGGUAUUCCAAGCGGGUGUCGGGCACCGGAUUGGAUGAGCUAGAAACAGCGAUAGAAAGUGGCAUUAAGGAGGCGCUGGCGCGGCCGAAAUCUGAAAUCACGAAUGUCCCUGAGGAAGCUAUCAAUGUCAAAGAAGUGGCAUCACGGAAAGGGUCCUUGCGAAAAAAGGACCUGAAGUUUCUGGGAGGCAGUUUUGCGGAGCGAUCGAAAACGGUUACGAUGGUCAAUCAGGUGCAUGCAAUACCGCGCCAGCGAUGGGUCGAUGUCAUGGGCGGCGCAGAAGAGGUGGCCAAACUAGGGCUGGACAAGAAAGAGAUCCAAAGACAAGAAGUGAUACAUGAGAUUGCCGUUACGGAAAAGGAUUAUGUUGCCGAUUUGGAGAUCAUUAUUAACGUGUACAUGAACCCAAUGAAGAAAAAGUUGCUACUGCCGGCUAAAGAUAUGGCAAUCAUCUACUCCAACGUGGAGCAGUUGUUACCGGUGAAUCAAAAAUUAUUGCAGUACCUGGAUGAGCGGUUAGCACAAGGACCAGUCGUAGAACAAGUUGGUGACAUCUUCAUACGCGUGAGCGACUUUCUGAAAAUGUACACGAUGUACUGCCGAAAUCACCCAUAUGCGCUGAUGAAGUAUCAAGCCGUACGGCAAAAUAAGUCCGUCGCGAAGUUCAUGGAUAACGCCGUAUCGGAAAGCCGGAUGAUGAGUCUGGCCGACUUUCUGUAAAGUCUCAAGCCACUGGUUUCGAGUCGUGGCUAGCAGAAAUUCUGACCGGAUGUAUAUGCAGGAUAAAGCCCGUACAACGAAUCUGCAAAUAUCCUUUACUGAUUCGGGUGAGUCCUUGUUGCAAGAAGGAGCGAUUGAUGAAAUGCCUUUGAGAGGUGCGCUUUUAUGAGGA